AUGGCAACGCCCAUCUCGGCCAACCUUCUGCUUUCGUUGAAGCCGGCAAAACUGUUUACCAAUCACGUACCGAACACGCCCAUAACAUCGAUUGACUUUGAUCACACAGGCCAGUUCCUUCUAACUGCCGGAGUCGACGAAAGCAUACAUCUCUACGAUGUCGCCAAAGGAAAACAUGUCAAGCCCAUCUAUUCCAAAAAAUAUGGCUGUCAUCUGGCCAAAUUGACCCGCAAGGAAAACACCUGUGUCUUCGCAUCCACUAAGGAAAACGAUACAAUUCGGUAUCUAUCGCUACAUGAUAAUUCUUUUAUCAGAUAUUUCAAAGGCCAUACGGCCUUGGUGACAGAUCUGGCCAUGGCCGAUCUUAAUCAUAUGUUUAUUAGCGCCGCCUACGAUUGCACUGUCCGCGUUUGGGACACAAGGAGUGCCAACUGCCAGGCAACUCUAGUCACCGACGACAUAGCGUCCUCCAUAGCCCUUGAUCCAACCAACACAGUCGUUGCCAUUUACAACAAAACUUCGAAUGUCCUGUCCCUGCAUGCGGUGGCGCAUAUCACGGACCGACCAUUUACCACUGUGGUGUGCGAUUUUGCGAAGCCAUCCAAGACUGCCAGGCCAGCUGCCGCUCAUCGAGAGAGAUUAUCCCGACACGGGCAAUCUGGCGGUCUCCCCCGACUGUCGGUUCAUUUUUGGUGGCAAUGGCGACGGCUCUGUACUGGUAUGGGACUUGAAGCUUUUGUCGACUCAGAACCUGCCGGCAAUAUUGCAUCCAGUUAA